GAAAAAGAGUACGAAAGUUAAUUAAAAAAUUCUCAAAUUUGAGUCCGUCGACUUUAUUGUAUAUUUCUGAACGUUUGAAAACCUAAAAACCACGACAUAUCUAUUAAACCUCGCGCCACAAUGCCCGGACAAUACACACCACCCACCUCCCCAGCUCUUUCAGAUCAAACCAUAGUGCAAGAUAUGCACGAUAACAACAUAACACCGCCACCACAAACACCAGCCACCUACUCACCGAAUUCCAGCGGCCCCACCACAUACUCGUGCUCUUUCGCGGCCACCACCAACUCACCACCGCCGGCGCCACAAAAGGAGUCGCGCUCUUUGCGCACACCGAAAUGUGCACGCUGUCGCAAUCACGGCGUCAUUUCUUGUGUCAAAGGUCACAAAAAGCUUUGUCGCUGGCGUGAAUGUUGCUGUCCGAACUGUCAAUUGGUUGUCGAUCGGCAGCGUGUGAUGGCCGCCCAGGUCGCAUUGAGACGCCAGCAAUCUAUGGAAGCAUUAGAGACACAGUCGAUUGGUCAAAACGUGUUGAGUGAAAGUGCUUCAGCAACAACCACAACAACACAAACAUAUGGUAAUACGGAUGUUAAGACAACAUUGAGUUCAUUUCGCACCAAACAGGCGCUGAUCGCACAAAAAAAGAUCUACAAGCAACGUUUGCGCUCGCUACAACAAACAACGCUGCACAUAACCGCUGCUAUGGAAGAAUACAAGCAACGCUUUCCCACCAUUAAUUCACCGUUACUGGAGCGUAUCCGAAAGCGACGCGCCUUUGCCGAUCCCGAACUGAAUUGGGUAAACCUGGAUGCCGCCACAUUGCUGACUACAACUACGCCCCUAACACAAUUACACACGACCGACGUACCUCAUUCAACAAUCGCAAUGCCCAAGACUCUGCCACAUGGUCAUGGUAGCGCUUAUAUGGGAUCACCACCACUGCCGCCCUACUUUGUCACGCCCACAUUGUUGCCAGCAGCUGCUCCUGACACCUAUUCCUUCUGUAGCGGUUUUGAGAAUUAUCCUGUCGUAGCUCCCGCUGCUGCGCAAUCCAUCGACUCGAAUUAUGCUCCUUUAUCGCUGUGGCAUGCUAAUCUUAUGUCACCGCCAUCAGCAUCAAGUUCUUCUACGCAAGUGACACCUGCUACCACACCAAAUGAUGCGCAAGCGCAGAGUGUAGACUUAAUUACGCCCGUUAAGAAGCCAAAACUUAGCUUUUCCAUUGAAUCCAUUAUUGGCGUUAGCUUAUAAGAUUGUCAUAGUGUAUAAUAUGUAUACAUAUAUAUAAUUUUAGUA